AUGGGGUUGACAAAAUUGAAUGGGGAAUCAAUGCGACUUGCCAUGACUGUGCCAAUCACGACUCGGAAGUCUCAGCUCACCCAUCAAGCUCUUCCAGACCAGUUACUGGCUGCUUCAACGACAACCGGAGUGGAACCUGGCCACAUUGACCCCAGUCGUUUCACUCGUUGCAUAGCCGAUUAUGUAUUACAUGGAUGCUUUCCAUCUUUUUACAUGGAUGCUUCCCAUCUUUUUAUUGACAUCGAUUUCGCCAGCAAUUCCGCCACCCAGGCCAAAUCGGUUUGGCUUAGUGGCACAAACAGCCAAACCUUGCCGUUGAGCUACGUUCUUGCUAUGCUAUUUGACAGCAUGUCAUUUCAAAUUUCGCAGAACUUUAAUGAACAUAGCUUAUUCCCUAAUACCCGAAAUGGAACCAAAUGGUAUUCACUAUAUAUUCACUAUAUUUGA